CAAGAGUUACUAAAUUUUCAAAUCAUACAAAAUGAAGAUCGUGAUCCUUUUUGCUCUUGUUGCCUUGGCCGUCGCCCAGGACAGCUAUCCCACCAAGUACGACAACAUCGAUGUGGAUGAAAUCCUCAACUCGGACCGUCUCUUCAAGAAUUACUUCAACUGCCUGAUGGAAGCCGGGCCAUGCACUCCGGAAGGAAACGAGCUGAAGAAGUAUCUGCCGGAUGCCAUUUCGACCGGAUGCAACAAAUGUAACGAGAAGCAACGUGAGGUGACGGCCAAGGUGGCCAAGUUCUUGAUCGAGCAGCGCCCCAAUGAGUGGAAUGCCUUGCGUGGCAAGUACGAUCCGGAUAACACCUUUGCCGAGAAGUAUCGCGAUGAGGCGGCCAAGUUUGGGAUCAAGCUGUGAGGAUUGAAUUAUCAUGUCGUCUGGGGAAACUAAAUAAUGUUGAGCUAGUAUAAAGCACAUAUUUCAACAAAUUGUUCAGUUCCACUUAAUAAAUGUUUCCUUUCCCUUAAA